UGGUGAGGUGCUACGUGACUCCCGGCCGCGUGGGUGCUCGGAGCGCCGAGCCAGCGAGGCGCGGGCGAAGGACGCGCGCUGGAAGCCGGGCCCGCAGAACUCCGGCCCGCCGCGCCGCCUCACGCACACUUCGGAGUCUCGAGCCGCGCGCAUAACGAUAUUUGGAUUUGAACUGCAUUUUGGAAUCCAUCUGCAUUUAAAAUGCCGCCGGCGGUUGGAGGUCCAGUUGGUUACACCCCCCCAGAUGGAGGCUGGGGGUGGGCCGUGGUCAUCGGAGCUUUUAUUUCCAUCGGCUUCUCUUAUGCAUUUCCCAAAUCUAUUACUGUCUUCUUCAAAGAAAUUGAAGGUAUCUUCAAUGCCAGCACCAGUGAAGUGUCGUGGAUAUCCUCCAUCAUGCUGGCGGUCAUGUAUGGCGGCGGUCCUAUCAGCAGCGUCCUGGUGAACAAAUACGGCAGCCGUCCCGUGAUGAUCCUUGGUGGCUGCUUGUCGGGCAGUGGCUUGAUCGCGGCUUCCUUCUGCAACACCGUCCAGGAGCUUUACUUCUGUAUUGGAGUCAUCGGAGGUCUUGGGCUUGCCUUCAACUUGAAUCCUGCACUGACCAUGAUUGGCAAGUAUUUCUACAAAAGGCGACCGUUGGCCAAUGGGCUGGCCAUGGCAGGCAGCCCUGUGUUUCUCUCUACCCUGGCCCCUCUCAAUCAGGCUUUCUUUGGUAUCUUUGGCUGGAGAGGAAGCUUCCUAAUUCUUGGGGGCUGCCUACUGAACUGCUGUGUUGCUGGGUCCCUGAUGCGACCAAUAGGGCCCAAGCCAACCAAGACAGGGAAGGUGAAGUCGAAAGAAUCCCUUCAGGAAGCUGGGAAAUCUGAUGCAAAAAAGGGUGCAGGUGAUGCAAGUACAGAUCUUAUCGGAGGAAGCCGCAAAGAGGAGAAGCCAUCAAUCUUGCAGACGAUCAAUAAGUUCCUGGACUUGUCCUUGUUCACGCACAGAGGCUUUCUGCUCUACCUCUCAGGAAAUGUGCUCAUGUUUUUUGGACUCUUUACACCCUUGGUCUUUCUUAGUAAUUACGGCAAGAGCCAGCAUUAUUCUAGCGAGAAGUCUGCCUUCCUUCUUUCCAUUCUGGCUUUUGUUGACAUGGUAGCCAGACCUUCCAUGGGACUUGUAGCCAACACAAAGUGGAUAAGACCCCGAGUUCAGUAUUUCUUUGCUGCUUCCGUCAUUGCAAAUGGAGUGUGUCAUUUGCUAGCACCUUUGUCCAGCAGCUAUAUAGGGUUCUGUAUCUACGCUGGAUUCUUUGGUUUUGCCUUUGGGUGGCUCAGCUCCGUGCUAUUUGAAACCCUGAUGGACCUCGUUGGACCCCAGAGGUUCUCCAGUGCCGUGGGAUUGGUGACCAUUGUGGAAUGCUGUCCUGUCCUCCUGGGCCCACCACUUUUAGGUCGUCUCAAUGACAUGUAUGGAGACUAUAAAUACACGUACUGGGCGUGUGGCGUGAUCCUAAUUGUUGCAGGCAUCUUUCUCUUCAUUGGCAUGGGCAUCAAUUAUCGACUUCUGGCCAAAGAACAGAAAGCAGAGGAGAAGCAGCAAAAGGAAAGUAAAGAGGAGGAGACCAGUGCGGAUGUUGAUGAGAAGCCCAAGGAGAUCCCUAACGCAGCAGAAUCCCCGGAGCAAAAGGGCACCGACGGAGACCCCAAGGAAGCCGAAAGUCCUGUCUGAGCCCAGGGCUGGGGGCUGGGGAGCAGCCUGCGACCCAAGAUGUUUGAAGAUAUUCUGCUGGCCUGCAAUCUCCAGUGGUGCUCAGAGCAGAUAGUGGACUUUGGUGUGGAAAUUAUAACAGGUGUUCAGUGAUGGAAUUGUUCUCACUCCUUACCAAUAGCCUGAGUGGAAAAUGUCAUAUGCUUUGGGAGGGAGGGGUUGGCAAAGGACGAGGGGAGGAAGUAGGUUUGGUUUUGUUUUGUUUUAAUCUUAGCUUUUAACGUUCUCAUGAAGAUUAUGAUACGUGCCUUAAGUUUUAGUCUUUAGAACUCUUUAGAGAGCCUUAACUUUUUGAAACCUUCCGCUGACUUCAUCUACUUUAUGUGUCACAUUGAAAGGAAAAAGCAACUAACUUGUCUGAGGCAAAUCUCAAAUUUGAAAUUAAUCUUGCUUCAUCCUUGUUUGUAAUGUAGCUUCAGACAUUGACGUUGUUACUGGAACAUUUAUGAAUAGAAAUAUUAGUUGAGCUGGAGGUUUUAUAAAAUGCUGACUCAAAUAUUUUUCUAGCAUCAGUAGUUGCCUGGCACAUGUGCCUAUUAGCUAGAUAUUUAGGAAACUUUGAGCAGAAAACUCGGAACAGCGUGGCGUUGCAGCCACCUGGUCCUUGUCCACACCUCCUGGGUACCUUUCUUGGGAUGCAUAUUAGAAGCCAAAGUGCUUGAACGUUGCUGUCACUAAGUUACUACUUUUUCUCCCUAUUCAAAGACAUACUUUGAGUGGUUAUAAAUCAUUGCCCAUUCUGAAAUCACUUGAUAUGAUUUUUUAAUCCCUGUGAAAGUUAGUGUUCAAAUCUACAAAACUAUAAUGUUGUGCCUCCUUGGUAAAUACAACAUGUCUAAUGAAAUGUAGACAGAUACCUUCAACAUCAGCUGAAUUUAGCUUUUGUUUUCCCAGACCCUCAGUUAAACUGUGAGACCAUUAGAACCAUUCUUCUUCCUGGAAUAUUUGAUAGUGUUUUCAUUUAUCCCUGCUUGUAGUGUAGAGCUGUGUGAGAAUAUAGCCUGUGUGUGUCUGGUGGUUUUUGGUUUUUUUUCCCCAUUGUUUGCAGAUUGAAGAGGGCCAGAAAAUUCGGCCCCAGGCAACUAAUAAAGAUAAGAUUUUGAGGGCAGUUGCUAAAUGUGCUUAGUUUAGAUCAGUCAUUCCUUUUUUUUCUGAGAGGGCCUUAAAGAAAAUUAUGUUAGAAUUAUUGAACACAUUCUUACUCUCCACACAAACGACCCUUUUCACAAAACUACCUGGAAAAUAGAGAAAUGGGUUCAGUAUGAGGAUAGGAAGGAGGGUAGGCCAGAAUGAAAACUGUAAAUAUUUUUUAACCUAAUAUCUUUUAAAUUGAGGCAGAAAGAUAUAUUCAAUAAAUUAUAUUCAGUGCAUUAAAAAUACCACUGUAAUUGAGAGUGAAAGUAUAUACAAAACCUUGUGUAAGAGGCUGACUUUUCCAAAUAAACAUUUUUUUUUAGAAAAUA